AUGGAGCUGCUCACGUGGCAUCUCCGAGGGCCCCUUUCGCGCCGCGCCCACGGGGCGGGCAUGCGGGGCGGCGACCUCAUCCGCGAGGUCUUCGGCAGCGAAAGCGACAGCGACGAUGCCGAUGAGCUCAACCGCCCCGGCCCGUCCCCGCCCUCGCCGCUGAUGCGACCCGGAUGCGUCGUGGAGACCCCCGCCGGAGCGGACGCGUGCGUCGGGAUGUUCGUCGCGAGGGAGGCGCUGGGUGAAGACGCGCGGCGGUGGCUCCUGGACAGCAUACGCGCCGACGACCUCGUGGAUUUCCCAGACGAUGAACCAUCGACGACGGCGUCCGAUCGGUGCGCACCCACCGGCGGCGCGCGCAACCAGGCGAUGCGGUUCGGCAGGGAUCACCUUCCGCGGUGGGCGCUCGCGCUCGCCGACGCCGUCGCCAAGCUCGCGACGAGAAGACCCGGCGACUCCCAAGGCGAACACGACGUCGCGUCGGCGGACCAUACGGACGACGACGACGACGACGACGACGCCGCCGUCUUCCCCCGCGAGGUGCUGGCCCGCGCGCGCACGGCAUCCGGCGUCUUCAAUCAGAUGAUCGUCAACCAGUACGCGCCUGGCGAGGGGUUGACGCCGCACGUCGACCUCGAAGCAUUCGCCGACGGCGUCGCGGUGGUAUCGCUGCGAUCGACGGUCGUGAUGGACAUGUACCCGCCGGGAUUCGAACCCGGGACGUCCCACGUCCCCACCAACUCGAACACGGUGCCGGUGUGGCUGAGGCCCGGGGACGUGUUGUUCCUCAGUCGAGCGGCGAGGUGGGAAUGGGCGCACGGCAUCGCGGCGCGCGACGCAGAUCCCGCGGAGGGCGAGACGAGGUCCGAAGGCGGCGCUGUCGUGAGACGCGGGUGCAGGACGAGCGUGACGCUUCGCGCGAUGCGCGAGGACGGCCACGAGCUGAGGGUGCCCGCGUGA